UACCUCAAAAGGAAUAUGCUUAGAUAAGCCUAAACUCGCCGGCGUAGGAGCCGGAGUAUCCAAUCAACAAUUAAAAACUAAUCAAUUAAAGUCAACUAAAACUCCUAAUAUAUUAAUGCACUUUUUCCAUCUCUAAACUAUACCAAUUCUUUCUGGGGAUUUUACACUCCUCUCUCUCUUUCCUCAAUCAAACAGAUACUCUCUCCUCUUUGCUGUUUCAUAGACUUUGAAGGGGAUGAGAGACUUGUUGCUUACAAUCUUUGUAGUCCUUUUGGCUGCUACAUACCUUCAAUGUGUUUUGUCCCAUGGGGUUCAACCCCUGUCAAGAAUUGCUAUUCAAAGAGCAGAAUUUGCUCUCCAUGAUGAAGCUUUCGUUAAAGUUUCUCCUUCGCUGCUUGGUUUAGGGGGAAGGAAUAAAGAAUGGGUUAGUGUUGAGUUCAACUACCCCAAGCCUACAGUAGAUGAUUGGAUAGGAGUAUUUUCUCCAGCCAAUUUCAGCUCAUCUACAUGCUUGGCAGAGAACUCAAAAGUUGCCCCUCCUUUUCUGUGCACUGCUCCCAUAAAGUAUCAAUAUGCAAAUUUCUCGAAUCCUAAGUAUGUAGACAGAGGGAGUGGAUCUCUGAAGCUUCAAUUGAUCAACCAGAGAGCUGAUUUUUCGUUUGCACUGUUUACUGGUGGACUGCUCAAUCCAAAGUUGGUUGCCAUCUCAAAUAUAGUUGCUUUUGCAAACCCUAAAGCACCUGUAUACCCACGCCUGGCUCAAGGAAAUUCAUGGGAUGAGAUGACAGUUACUUGGACAAGUGGGUACGGAAUCGAAGAAGCGGUUUCUAUUGUUGAAUGGGGUUUGCAAGGAGCGAAAAGGACUACUUCCCCUGCUGCGACACUGACCUUUGAUCGUGGAACCAUGUGCGGUGCACCAGCAAGUACUGUGGGCUGGCGCGAUCCUGGUUUUAUACACACUGGUUUCAUGAAGGAGCUGUGGCCCAACUUAGUGUAUACGUAUAAGGUUGGACACAGAAUGCACAAUGGCACAUAUAUAUGGAGUGACAGCUAUCACUUUAGAGCAUCCCCCUAUCCAGGUCAAGAUUCUGUUCAAAAGGUCAUCAUCUUUGGAGAUAUGGGAAAGGAUGAGAUAGAUGGUUCCAACGAAUACAACAACUUCCAGCACGGUUCUCUUAAUACUACUGCACAACUUACAAAUGAUUUGAAGAACAUUGAUAUAGUCUUCCACAUAGGAGAUAUAUGCUAUGCUAAUGGUUAUCUUUCUCAGUGGGAUCAAUUCACUGCUCAAGUUGAGCCCAUCGCCUCAGCUGUUCCAUAUAUGAUUGCUAGUGGAAAUCAUGAGAGAGACUGGCCAGAUACAGGUUCAUUUUAUCAAAAUACAGAUUCAGGAGGAGAAUGUGGUGUAUUAGCUCAGAAUAUGUUCUACGUUCCUGCUGAAAACAGGGAAAAAUUCUGGUAUUCCACUGAUUAUGGCAUGUUUAGGUUUUGCAUAGCUGAUACAGAACAUGAUUGGCGAGAGGGAACAGAACAAUAUAAGUUCAUUGAACACUGCCUUGCAUCUGUAGAUCGACAAAAACAACCAUGGCUUAUUUUCCUUGCACAUCGUGUUUUGGGUUAUUCUUCAGGCGAUUUUUACGCAGUCCAAGGCUCAUUUGAGGAGCCAAUGGGCAGAGAGAGCCUUCAAAAGUUGUGGCAAAAAUAUAAGGUUGACAUUGCUGUUUAUGGUCAUGUACAUAACUAUGAGAGAACAUGCCCCAUCUACCAGAACAUAUGUACCAACCAAGAGAAGAAAGAUUACAGGGGCACCUUGAGUGGAACGAUACAUGUAGUUGCAGGUGGUGGAGGAGCGAGUCUUGCAAAAUUUUCUACCCUCCAACCAAAUUGGAGCAUUUUUAGAGAUGAAGAUUAUGGAUUUGUCAAACUCACAGCAUUUAACCACUCGAGCUUGUUGUUCGAGUAUAAGAGGAGCAGUGAUGGGAGAGUGCACGACUCGUUCACUAUAACAAGGGAUUACCGAGACAUCUUGGCCUGCACCGUGGACAGUUGCCCUGGAACAACCUUGGCAUCUUAGUAAAACCUUACAAGGGAACAUCUCUAUUGAAGCGGGAUAUAUAUCAGUUCAAAUGCACACAAUUAAUACUCUUUCUGAUGUACAGAAGCUUGAGCGUUUGUUUGAACCGAUUCAGUCAAUGUUGAUUUUAGUUCUGAUGUUUCAUAGGAGUAUUCUUAAUUCAAAUUAGUUCUAAAUAUCAUAGGAUACAGUUUUUCGUAA